CCGCGCUGCGUGACGUCGUCAGGUAAGCAAGCAAAGACGUGCCACCGGGCCCGCAGGCCGAAUAACCUCAAGCCUAAGCAGGGCUUGUGGUUUUGCAGAGAGACACAGGCUUCGAGGAACGCAGAAGCGGAGAGACGCUUCCGAAAGUACAUCAUGCCAUCGCCCACAUGUCCGCUUAACCUUGUCGAUCGGCUCCCCACUGUCAACUGCGAGGCCCUGCGACUACGGGUGUUGUGGAAUGCCCAGGCGGUUCAAAGGACCGGUUCCUAACUCAAAAUUUCCCAAAAAGAAGUCGGAAGUAAUGAGCAGGCCAGCCAUCACUCUGCAGGGCGGUUGACGCAAUGUCCUCAAAGUAAUAAAAAGGCCCAUGAUGCCUUCCUUUCUGCCCUCGACCAUUGGAUUAUCCAAGCAUCGCACUCAGGCCAGCAAGCGUUCCACAGCCAGUCUUCCAACACCACAGUCACUCUCUUCGACAGCCGACCUCCAUCAUGAAGUACGCCUUUUCUUCGGCUCUGGGCCUGGCGGCCGCUGUCAGCGCGGCACCGUCGAGGACUUUGAACGCCAAGCCCAGGCAGGCUGGCGCAUGCGCCUCAGCCGUGACACUCGACGCCAGCGCCAAUGUCUUCCAGACCCACACUUUGCACGCCAACAACUUCUACCGUGCUGAGAUUGAGGCUGCGGCGGCGGGCAUGACCAGCCCCUUGAAGGAGCAAGCCUUGAAGGUCGCAGACGUUGGAUCCUUUGUUUGGGUUGACACUAUCGCCAACAUCGACCGACUCGAGCCCGCUAUUGCUGAUGUUCCUUGUGACGAUGUCCUGGGUGUCGUGGUCUACGAUCUCCCAGGCCGAGACUGUGCCGCGAAGGCGUCGAACGGAGAACUCGCAGUGGGCGAGCUCGCCCGGUACAAGUCCGAGUUCAUUGACCCAAUCGCCGCGAUCAUCAAGGCGCACCCCAACACAGCCUUCGCCCUGGUCAUCGAGCCCGACUCGCUCCCCAACCUGGUCACCAACAUCGACCUCCAGACUUGCCAGAACAGCGCUGCUGGCUACCGGGACGGUGUUGCCUACGCGUUGAAGACCCUCAACCUGCCCAACGUUGUCCAGUACCUCGAUGCUGGCCACGGUGGCUGGCUGGGCUGGAACGAUAACCUCAAGCCUGGCGCUGAGGAGCUUGCCAACGCUUACAAGGCUGCUGGCUCGCCGUCGCAGUUCCGCGGUAUUGCCACGAACGUCGCAGGAUGGAACUCCUGGGAUGCCACGCCUGGCGAGUUCGCCAACGACCCUGAUGGGCAGUACAACGCUGCUCAGAACGAGAAGAAGUACGUCGAGCUGUUUGGCGCGGCUCUGGCCACUGCCGGCAUGCCGAACCACGCUAUCAUCGACACUGGACGUAACGGUGUCCAAGGCCUUCGUCAGGAGUGGGGCCACUGGUGCAACGUCAACGGCGCCGGCUUCGGUCUCCGCCCAUCCGCCGAGACUGGCUCUGAGCUGGCCGAUGCCUUCGUGUGGGUCAAGCCCGGUGGCGAGAGUGACGGAACCAGCGACACUUCGGCCGUCCGUUACGAUUCCUUCUGCGGAAUGCCCGAUGCUUUCAAGCCAAGUCCGGAGGCUGGAACAUGGCACCAGGCUUUCUUCGAGAUGUUGCUGAAGAACGCGAAGCCUUCCUUCGCAUAAGCUUGUAAAAGGCCUAUCGUGUUCAUGUGCCUGGAAGGCACCUUAUUGGGCCACGGUAAAAUUGUUUCAUUCUUUUCAUUCAGUAUAUAUUUUUCAUCUUCGCGAAGUUGCACGGCAGCAUCGGGCAGCAGAACCCAUAAACUUGACUCCUCUGAAAGCAUGUAAAUGGAGGAUAGAAACUGUCGAAACCCAUGUCAAUACACAGAGGGAUAAACAACCAAGUUGAACCCAAUUAUACGGCAAAUAACUGAGCGUGUUAUGCCGGUUAUGUAAACCCUAUCUGCUUCUACCCCCAUGGCCGCCUCGGGAUGGUAGAUGCUUAGCACAAUUCAACAGCAAAACCUGCAUUAGGGUAUCUUACUGAGGUGUCCAGGACUACCUCUUGUGAGACCACCUACUAGAGACCAACCUUCCAUUAGAAAAUCUCUUGUAAAACGACAUACCAAGGCCAGGCUAACCACGGGAGCACUGUGUUAAUAUCAUGCAAUUUUCAAAGAUGUGGCGGUGUUGGUACUUAGGUAACGGUAUGUCCACGUGUGACUCGAAAACUAAGCAUGUCAGUUGCUCGUCAAUGGCUUGCAUGCUGCGGCGGCGAUAAUAUUUCGCGCAAUGGCUCCUCGAAGCCGCUUAUUAGGAAGUUCCAGCGAGAGGCUCUUAUUCUGCUAACUAGGUAGAUACUUC